CAGACACCCUGUCUUUAUGCGUCCAUUAUAGAGAGAUUACAGAGAAAAUAACUAGUUUUCCGACAAACUGCGGACAUGUCUAAUAAAGUGUGAAUCUUACAAAGCUGACAGCAGUGAAGACGUGGACUGGAGUCGAGUGGAGUUAAAAAAGGAUCAGAAUGAGUUUAUUCGAAAAAGGUCGACAGUUUUUCUACAACGUUACCUCCAUUCCAGUUAAAUACCAUGGCUUGGUAAACCAAGGAGCAACAUGUUACCUGAACAGUGUGCUGCAGGUGAUGUUUAUGACCAAAGACUUUACAGAGGCUGUGGAGAGGUACACCAGUGAAAAUCCUGACACUGAGUGUAUGGAUCUUCCUCUUAAAGAGUUGUUUGAUGAUUUAAAAGGAUAUGAAACCUACACCUAUAAAAUCACAAAUAAGCUGGGCAUCAAGAGAGUGUAUGAACAGCAAGAUGCUGCUGAGUACUUUGAGAAGAUUUUAAAUCUGACCAGUCCUCAGGCAUCACAGAUCUUUCAUGGACUGUUGACACACAGGACCAAAUGUUCUACAUGUUUUACAGAGACUGACACCGAUGGGGCAUUUUGGCAUCUUCCUCUUGCAUUGGUGAAUUCCUACAGCGAACACUACAGUGUGGUGGAUGGCAUUGAAGAGUAUUUCAAAACCACAGAAUUCAGCAGAGAAAACCAGAUGUACUGUGAGCAUUGUGAUGAUAAAUCUGAUGCUACUACUCAAUCUGUAAUAAAGCGUCAUCCAGAGGUUUUGAUGCUGCUGUUGAAGAGGUUUGAGUUCAACUACAGCUACAUGACAUAUGUCAAAAACAACUGCAUUGUGGAGGUUCCCUGCACUCUACAGAUACCAGAGAAUCAGACAUAUGAACUGUACGCAGUUGUGGAUCAUUUUGGAGAUCUUAGAAGUGGACACUACACUGCAACAAUCAAGGAUGAUGAGAGAUGGUAUACCUUUGAUGAUACCAGAGUCUCACUGUCAGAUUAUCAGCCAUUCCAGGUGGACAACUUGGAGACAUCCAGCAGUGCUUAUCUUCUGUUUUAUAGGAGAAGGAAAGUGCAUGCUGCAGAUACUUGUACUCAAGACAUCAGGGAGGUGUCUCCUCCUGGAGCUUUCCCGUCUGAUAUCAUUGAUAUCUAUGACCAGAGUCACGAUGUAAAGAUGAGAAGGAUAGAGGAGAUUGAGAUGGCAGCAGAAGCGGGUAAUGACACUGCAGUGGCUGUUUCCUUAAACAGAAAUGCAGAAACCAAUGAGCAGGCAGAAAAGAGAGAAACCUUCUCUAGAGAAACUGAACUUGAAGAGAGUGUUGAGGAUCAGGGCAAUGGUAGUGAAAUACCAGAUGAUGUUAGACAGAGGGGACCACAGGAGGGUCUGGAGGGUUGUGACAUACACAACCCAUCAUAUAAUGUUCAGAAGCAGGAACAGGAAAUCAGCAACACGAAUGUGAGAGAAGAAUAUCCUCAAGUUUGUUUGGACACGCAGCGAGAAAUGGAUGUAAACAGAGACAAGGAUGGAAAGAUUUCAGGUGAUGAACAGUCAGAAAGGAGAGACCUCAACAGGGACGCAGAGCAUCAAGAAAGUGGAGGAUUAGAUGAUAAUAGACAGAACAUACAUGAAAAUCUGGGAGGUACACAGGUCAAGCCUGCUAGUGUGGACAAACAGGGAGAUGAGGAGAGGAUGCAAAGAGUCGUUGAGGUACACAGGGCAAGAAAAGCUGGAGCAGAUGAAAGGGGAUUGGCAUCAGGGGGAAGUAAACAAAAGAUGCCAAAAUAUGAUCAUGAGAGUAAACAGAGGAGCAGUGGCAGGUAUGAAGGACAUGAGCAACACAGAGAGGAAAAGAGGGAUGUUAAAGGAGACAAGGAACAAAAGAGAGGACAUGAUAAACAUUCACAAAGUAGAGAAACACAGAGUCGACAACACUUUGGUCGAGAUGUAGCAGAUCAGAACAUUGGAGGAUUAGAUGUCCGAAAGGAUACUAGUGUAAGAAAUAAUGAUGUUGCUGUAGAGACCAAAGAGCAUGAAGAGACAGGAUAUAACAAACCUAUUCAGGACAGAGCAGACUCUUCUCUUACACGAACAGGAAGCAGCAGACUGACUGAGAAACAGGGAGUUAACAGUGUUGAAAAGACGAGACACAGGCAACAAAAAAUAAGACCUGAAUAUAAUGAAGAUACAGUGGAAGAAAGACGUGGUCCAAAGAAGACAAAAACAUAUCAAGACAGUGGAGGAUUAGAUGGUGUUAGACAGAACAUAAGUGAAGAUCUGGGAGGUACACAGGAAGUUAGACAAGAUUACGUCUACAAGAUUGCUAGUGUGGACAAACAGGGAGAUGAGGAGAGGAUGAAAAGAGUCGUUGAGGUAGACAGGGAAGGAAAAACUGGAGCAGAUGAAAGGGGGUUGGCAUCAGGGAGAAGUACUCUCCUGACAAAAUAUGAUCUCUGCUCUCAUCAGAUUCAAGACAAUAGAAGAGUAUGUGAUAGUGAACAGAAGAUGCCAAAAGAUGAUCAGGAGAGUAAACAGAGAAGUAGUAGCAAGUAUAAAAGACGUGAGCAACACAGAGAGGAAAAGAGGGAUGUUAAAGGAGACAAGGAACAAAAAGGAGGACAUGAUAAACAUUCACAAAGUAGAGAAACAUCAGAGAGACAACAACACUUUGGUCGAGAUGUAGAAGUUCAGAACAUUAGAGGUUUAGAUGUCAGACAGGAAACUAAUGUUAGACAUACAAUAAAUAAAGAUGUUGCUGUAGAGACCAAAGAGCAGGAAGAGACAGGAUAUAACAAACCUAUUCAGGACAGAGCAGACUCUUCUCUUAGACGAACAGGAUCUGCAGGAAGCAGCAGACUGACUGAGAAUCAGGGAGUUGACAGUGUAGAAGAUAGAGUGGAAGAAAGACGUGGUUCAAAGAAGACAUAUCAAGUUAAGAUAAUUGAGGAAGAGAUUACAGAAACCCCUAGUGGCACUCAAAUAAGUUGUGAGACGAAACACAUAGGAACUGUAGAGGAAACCUCACAAUAGGACACUUCAGUCAGAGGCUGUUCACAAAUUAAAACUAAGUGAUUCCCUUUUGCCAGAGUCAAAGAAACGUGGAGCCAAAGGGGCCAAUAAAAAUGCGGAAGAUAAGAAUGAGGCAAGUACUACAAUUUAUUCAACUUCUGUAAAGAAACUAAAGCAAAACUCUGAAAAAAGGAAAUUGAGGUUUAUCUCAUGGAAGAAAAACACAAAAGAAAAAAAGAAAAAGAAGAAAACUAUAAGCCAUAUUCCACGUUUGUCAGGUUGUAAAAACAUGAAAAACCUGGGAUCAGACUCUGACUAAGAAAAAAUUGUCCAAGACAACACAAAUAGUUAUUUUUGACUGAGUCAUUACGGUACAUAUACAGUUAAAGACGUACCAACCUUUUACAUUUUGUUUUCAAAAUAGAAAUAUAUAAAUAGGUGGCAUAUAUGUUGUAUCGACAAAGGAUUGUGUAGAGAAUUAUAAUACAAAUGUAAAGAUAUUUGAUUUAAAUUUUAUUUGCAAUGUGUUGUUUUGUUGUACUGUUUUACUGUAAAAUAAUACAAUUAUUUUCAAUUAGUUAGGCCUAUUAGCCUCAGUGUUAUUUACUAUAAAGCACUUGUACUUUUUUAAAAAUUAUUAUUUUAUUUUAUUUUAGAUUUUAUG